AUGGCAUGUGCUAUCCAAAUCGGCCUCAAGAUGCCCACAGACAAGGCACCCCCCAGAGUGAGCAGAACCCCAGCCCGCUAUCGCCACACAAUGGAGACUGAAGUGGUGGAGAACUCAGAUGGAGACCUGCUGCGUAUCGGCGUCCCCGGGCAGUGCUGCGUCCAUGCGUGGGCCUCUCAGUGCUCCCUUCCUGUCAACAUUGCCACCGGUAGCUCAAGACAAGGCUCCCAGAACCAGGAUUUAGAGGAAGUCCUCUAUGACAGCCAGCUAGACCUGCGAGAGAUAGUGUUUGUCAUCCAGAGCCAGAGUAACUCAUUCCACGUGAGUCGGGCGGAGAGACAGAGAGCAGACCUGUUACGACAGACUCAGAGCCUCACACAGACACCCCCUCCAGUCCUGCUCCUCCACAGUCUGACAGACAAUGAGGGAGACUGGAGCAUCCUUCCUCUGCUGCCUUACUUCUCAUCGUUGUUUGGGAAGAACUCGUCCUGGUUGGUGUUUCUGGAAGAGGAGACUAACGUCAAGGUGACCAAGCUGCUCCAGGCCCUCAGGAAGUUUGACAGGAGAAAAGAGUGGUUCCUGGGUAAACCUCUCCAUGAUGAGGAGUCAACCAUCAUCCACCACUACGCCUUUGCAGAGAACCCCUCCAUCUUUAAAUACCCAGACUUCUCUGCUGCCUGGGCCCUUAGCAUCCCUCUGCUUGACAGGCUCGCAAACAAAGUGAGAGAUGACCCACUCAAGUCUGACUUCACUAUCGAUCUGAAGCAUGAGGUAGCUCUGUAUAUCUGGGAGAAUGGCCAAGGUCCUCGUCUGACGGCAGUCCCAGAGCUGUGUACUGAGCCAGAGCACUCUCCCACUGCCCAACACUGUGCUACCACCCUCAGGAGCCCUGCUCCCCUGUGUGGGGAACCUGUAAAGAAGGAAGACGUCUUUGUCGCUGUGAAAACUUGUAAGAAGUUUCACACUGAGAGAGUCCCAGUGGUAAAGAAGACAUGGGAGAGAGAGGCAUCUCUGUUGGAGUAUUACAGUGACCACACUGACCCGUCCAUACCUACCAUCGACCUAGGAGUCCCCAACACAGAGAGAGGUCAUUGUGGGAAGACGUUUGCCAUCUUGGAGAGGUAUGUCAGCGAUGCGGUGCCAAAGACGAGCUGGCUGCUGGUGGUGGAUGAUGACACACUCAUCAGCCUGCCCAGACUGCAGAUGCUGCUGAGCUGUUACGACCCCUCUGAACCGGUGUGUCUAGGGGAGAGAUACGGCUACGGGCUGAGCCAGGGAGGCUACAGCUACAUCACCGGAGGAGGGGGGAUGGUGUUCAGUAGGGCCGCGGUGGUGAGGCUCCUGGCCAGUGACUGCAAGUGUUACAGUAAUGAUGCCCCUGAUGACAUGGUGCUGGGGAUGUGUCUCAACGCUCUGGGGCUCCCUGUCACACAUAGCUCCCUCUUCCACCAGGCUCGACCUGAAGACUACUCCAGAGACUUCCUAGCCCACCAGGUGCCCAUCUCCUUCCACAAACACUGGAACAUCGACCCCGUCGCCGUCUUCAACAGGUGGCUAAAGGACGAAUCGAAGUCAACAACCCCACACGGACUAAACAAGAGCACCAAGGAAGAGUUAUAGUCACUUAGACACUAUCAGUCUUGGUGUGUGUGCGUGCAUGUGUGCGUGCGUGUAUGUGUGGAGUCAUGGACAAACGUAUUGUCAGCAUGUUUUCCUCCAUCGGUGUAAAUGUUUUCUAUAUUGUGAAUCUUGCGGAGAUAUAAUUUGGAAGGUUCAUGCAAGCCUCUGUCCAUGGCUGUGUGUUUGGGGACUUAUUCAUGACUGAGGCCAGGAUUAAAUCCAAGGUACGUUAGAUCAGCGCAAUAUAAUGGACUUUCAAAGGUAAUUUACACUUGAGCCGACAUGCUAGCAUUUACCAUGAAUGCGAUCUCCGCGAAUGUCGGGGAAAACGCCUUUAGAAGACACAUUGUCUGCUCACUAGUGCGCAGCUCUAUAACUUGUUUUGAAUCCUAUUUUAAAUUGAUUUGCAUGUUGAGGUUGUCAGUGUGUGUUCGGAUCUUGUCUGUGUAUAUUUAUAAUAUGAUAUAAUCUAUUCCAAAUUGAACAAUGAAACUCUUUCUUUUCUUAAGGACAUAUCUCAACAUUACUACUACAUGCUGUACAAUGUGUACUAUUUUGCUAUAAAAGUGUUAUUACUUAAAAAUAUGUGUUUGCGCUGUCUUAUUGGAGUUUAAUUCUGGCAUUUGGUUUCAGGAUGAAUUAAUGACUAUUAAUUGUGAAUGUAAAUAAUCGGGGUGUGUGUGUUUUCAUAGCCCCUAUUAUCACACACACACACACCAAAUACUGUUCAAUGGAAUUUUAAAUAGAAGCUAAGAGAAAUUACUCCAGAUGUUUGGUUUAUGAUAACUUUGAUAUGAUAACUGUGAAAGCAAAGAGCCUUAAUGUUUUGUAAACUCAGUGUAUUUGUAUGGUAUGUAGCUACAGUAUGUUUGUUUUGUAUGUUAUGAAUGAUGCUUGGCUUAGUUCAAUACUCAACUCCAGAUAAACAUUGCACUGCAUCUUACUUUGCACAGCAAAUGUGUACUGCAUGAUGAAAGAGUAAUUGUAGUCAAUGACCACAAUCUUUGCUGGCGUAGAAAGACUCAGUUCAGAAAUUGGGUAAAUACAGUUGAAGUCAGAAGUUUACAUACACCUUAGCCAAAUACAUUUAAACUCAGUUUUUCA